UCCUUUAUCGUCCCCCGCUGUCGGUCAGCCCUUAGUGGCACAAAGAAGCCAGAGAAGUUAUAAUACAUAGUAAGCCCAUCCGUUGGAGUGCAAACGUCGGUUUUAUGUCACAUUUCUCAUUGCUGUCAAAAAUUGUAAAAGUAUUAGAACGUUCAAAUUACAGCUGGCUAGUGCAGAAACUGCGACGAUGAGGAUCCCACAUAUAAUUAAUUCUAACACAUUAAAGGUCUACACACCCUCUACAGAAUGCUUGCAACUGGUAGGAGAGACGGCGAGACAAAUCAAAGCUGAAGAUUUCACCUGGAAUGACGCUUUAGUACCACUGCUCACCGAUCUUGCUACUCAGGCCAUAAAUAGGAACUUUGAAAACAAACCCACUCUAGAUCAGCUACCGUGCGAGGAUCGAAAUUAUUUAUUGCAGAUCCUGUUUCUUGAUUUAUCUCUAGAACUGAUCAUUCCUUUGAUCGAUGAUGAGUUUUAUUGGCAACGCAGAUAUACUGAACAUUUUGGUUUAGUUACAAACAGAAAGCCCCAGGCUUGGACCUGGAAGUGCUUGUAUCUAUCCAGACAUGUCCAGAAGAUCAUAGAGGAAGCACAACCUCAAUACAGCGACGAAGAAAACAUGAACGACAUUCUAGACCUGUGCGCACCGUACACGCAGAGGUUGUUGGUCACUCAGCUGCAGAGGUGGCAACCUCCACUUACCAUGGAGAAAGAGGAUAUCCCAGAAGUGUAUCCCAUUGAUCAUAUCAACCUAAUAUUUAUACUUAGAAGAUUACCCCAAAUAUCAGAAUUAAGAAUUUCUUAUGGAGUGAACGAGGUGGGUGAAGACUUCCAAUGGGACAUGUUCAAAUUAUCUGUCACAGACUGCGUCAGAUUAGGUAAAGGUGUUUUGGAGCUGAAGCAAAUCAAGAUUCUCAAAGUCCACAGAAGUAAUAUUGAAUACAAACACUGCCAGGCCUUAAUGCAAGGUUUGAUACGUAAUAGGACUCUUGUCGAGUUAGACCUCUCCAACUGCAAGAUAGGUGACCAAGGGGCCUUAUGCGUGGCCAAAGUAAUCUCAACGCAUCCUACUUUAAAAAACUUGAACCUGACCAACAACAGAAUUGGUCAAAUUGGAGCCGAGGGCAUUUGCUAUGCAUUGACAUUGGAGACAUGUGCAAGAUUAGAUGAGGUCAAUUUCAGGUUAAACCCGCUUGGACAUGAAGGUGUUAUGGGUGUCCUCAGAGCUGUGAUACGAUGUGACAUUCCAAGGAAACUUAUCCUAAGUGGGGUUAAUUUUGAGGAAGAGACCUCAUGGAAGCUGGCUCAGAUGAUCAAACACAACACCUACCUGGAAGGCCUGGACAUUAGCAAUAACUGGCUGGGAGAAGAAGGUGGCGAAUUUCUAUGCGAAGGCAUGGAAAUAAACAAAUCCUUGAAAUGGUUGGAUCUAAGAGAAACCGACAUUACCCCAGCUCAACACCAAACUAUCAAGAAGCUCUUGAAACGAAAUGUUACUGGUAUUUUGCAAAAAGACGAAGAAAUUCAGAGUCAGCAGCAGCCCGACACUGAGGAGAAGGUCAUUACUGAGACAACAUAUAAGGCUGAGAAUGCUGAAGAAAAAGAGGGAAAGGGAGAGAAAGAAUAAAACGAACAAACUAGUGGCAUUACUAUGGUUUUAUUUCUUCAAACGAACCAACACAAAGUAAAAUGUAAUUUUUUUUUUUUAUUUUUCAACAUCACCACAAAAAUUUACAGCCUUGUCAAGUCAUAGCAUCAGCUUUUGUAGUCCGU